CCUAUUCAAGAAGGGAAGCUGUAUAAAAGAUUAGGAAGUAAAGAAGGUUAAGAGAGCAGCCUUAAAGCCAUUUCCAUUGUUUGAUACAAGGCAAGCAAGGAAUAUACAUCUAUCAACCCCUUAUUCAUUUCCAGGGAAAUUCACUUGCAGUUUCUUUGUUAGCUCAAUUCCUACUGUCUUCCGGUAUAUAAAUUCACAUCAAUUCCCAUAUUUCUAUAAACCCCAUCUUCACAUUUCCUGCUUUCCCCUCGUUUCUGAUCAAAGAAGUAAAAACCUGCAUUGAAACUUUUAGGUACAUCCUUCAUUAGGAGUUUUCAUUAACCCAGGCAUUGAAGAGAAACAAAUUAAAAAUGGGAGUUGCAGGCACUUUGGAGUAUUUGUCUGAUUUAAUGAGCGGCACUGGCCAUAAAUACAAGAAGAAAAAGCAGUUGCAGACUGUGGAGCUCAAGGUCAGGAUGGACUGUGAUGGCUGCGAACUCAAGGUCAAGAAAGCCCUUUCUUCAUUGAGUGGAGUGAAAUCCGUGAUCAUAAACAGGAAACAGCAGAAGGUGACUGUAACAGGAUAUGUAGAAGCAAACAAGGUGUUGAAGAAAGCCAAGUCAACAGGGAAAAAGGCUGAGAUUUGGCCUUAUGUUCCUUACAACCUGGUGGCCCAUCCAUAUGCUGCUCCUGCUUAUGACAAGAAGGCACCCCCUGGUUAUGUCAGGAAAGUAGAGAACAAUGUAACUACUGCCACUGUCACCAAGUAUGAAGAUCCUUACAUCUCUUUGUUCAGUGAUGAAAACCCAAAUGCAUGUUCUCUCAUGUAGGCUGCAGUUUAUGUCUUCAUGAGAAUCAAGCUUUCCCCUACCUCUAGCGAAAUCAAUAAACACAGUGUAAAAAAUUCCUCUGUAGUUAGUAGUUUUUUUCCCUGUUGAAUUGUCUGGUAGAUAUAAUCAGAAGAUUAUUGAGCUAUUAAUCAAAGUCCUUUUUCGUUUAAAAACGGUCCUGGCUACUACUUUUGUCGUUUUGCAAGGAGCAGUUUUGGUUGGGCCUAAAAAGUUUGUGGGUUGAUUUUUGGUGUGAUGAAAACAAUGUUUCAA